AUGGCUGAAAAAAAUCAUGUUUUGACGCUUCCACUUUUGUUUUUAUUAAUAUGCGUGGUUCUGUUACACUUAUUCAUCUGUCCUUUCACCAAAGUUGAAGAAAGCUUCAAUUUGCAAGCUGCCCAUGACCUCAUUUAUCACAAGUUCGACUUUGACAAGUAUGACCACCACGAGUUCCCUGGCGUGGUUCCACGAACCUUCAUUGGCCCCCUGCUCAUCUGCAUCCUUUCCUCCCCUUUUGUGUUUCUAUCUUCUCUGCUGGACAUGCCAAAGUUCUCCACGCAGCUCAUCGUCCGAGCUUCUCUGGGAACGUGCGUGGUUGCCGCACUUUGGCGCAUGCAGCGAGAGGUGAGGAGGCAAUUCGGCUCCACGGUGGCGCUCCUCUUCUGUCUCAUGUGCGCGUCGCAGUUUCACCUCAUGUUCUACAGUACCAGGAUGCUACCUAAUGUGUUUGCGCUACCAAUUGCCCUUCUUGCGUUCACCUCUUGGAUGUCCAACAAUCACCGCAGCUUCAUCUACCUCUCUGCCUUCGUCAUCAUCGUCUUCCGAUCGGAGCUCUGCAUCUUCUUGGGUAUCAUGUUGCUAAUAUCCCUAUUGAGCAGAAAGCUCGGUGUCAUGCAACUUCUUUACUACGCGGUUCCUGCUGGAGUUCUCUCAUUGACCUUGACUGUGGCUAUUGACACAUUCUUUUGGAGGAAGCUUUUAUGGCCAGAAGGUCAGGUGUUAUGGUACAACACGAUUCUCAACAAAAGUUCCAACUGGGGAAUCUCACCCUUUUUCUGGUACUUCUACUCGGCGUUACCCCGCGGUCUCGGCUGCACGCUAUUUUUCGUCCCCGCGGGUCUGCUGGACCGCCGAACGAGGCUCCUCCUCCUCCCCUCGGUCACCUUCGUCUUCAUCUACUCGCUGCUGCCGCAUAAAGAGCUCCGUUUCAUUAUCUACACAUUUCCCGCGCUUACUCUGGUUGCUGCUCGAGGCUGCUCUUUUAUUUUAAGCAAUUAUCAGAAAUCCUGGGUGUAUAAACUGGGUUCGGCGGUCGUUUUGGGCCAGCUGUUGAUCAACGCGGCUUACUCGGGUGUUUGCCUCUACAUUUCGCAUCACAAUUACCCAGGAGGCCAUGGGAUGCGGGAACUACACAGGUUGCUGCCCACUACAGCAGACGUCUCCGUUCACAUCGACAACUACGCUGCUCAAACGGGAGUGUCUCGGUUUUUGGAGCAGCACCCACACUGGAGAUACGACAAACGAGAAGAUUUGCACCCCGAGAGCCCCGAGAUGAAAAUGUUCUCGCACCUUCUGGUGGAGGCAAAUUCCACCAACGUGAUGCUUCUUCAGGACACUCAUCACCCCCUAGCGUUCAUCCAAGGAUACGACGGCCUGGCUCGCCAAUUGUUCCCCCCUUCUUUUAGGGUAAAUUUGGCUAACAAAAUUGUACUAAUGCAGAGGAACACGUUCAGGUGA